UCGGGUCCCUUCCAACUCCCCACCCCUUCCUUAGUUCCGUGCCCACCCUCUACCCCACCAAGUGCCCAGGUUUCUCCAUUGGCCUGCACCCUCUUGUCUCCUUCAUCCGCGGUGGCUCCUUCUUCGGGGAUCUGCCAUCUCCCCGCGUGCCACCUCCCGGCCUGCGGGACCUCUUAGGCAGCUGGGGCUCACUAGGUCGAAUCCUAGAGCCUCUGGGCUUCCGCAGCCGCGACGCCAGGGCCCAAGACACCUGUCUGGGGAGGCGGCAGCGCCUGGGCGGGGGCUUGCAGCACCUCUGACACCCGAGGAAAAGAGGGAGGAGGGAGAGCGCGUUUCAUCAUCGCCGCCACUUAUAAAAACUUCUGAGCGCUCACUCUCUCGCUCAGUCUCCGCGCCGCGCUCCCCAUCGUCGGGCUACCACCGCCGCAGCCUGAAGCGCCUGAGUCCCGCAGAACCUGUCCCCGGCCUGUCGCCACCGCCUGGGCCCGGCCAGGGGACGUCGCCUCCGUCACGAUGGGGCUCCUGCCCAAACCCGGAGGGCGCCAGGGCAGCGGCACCUCCUCGGUCCCAGCCAGACGCUGCUCCCGCUCUGUCUUCAGCAACAUUAAGGUGUUCGUGCUCUGCCAUGGCCUCCUACAGCUCUGCCAGCUGCUCUACAGCGCCUACUUCAAGAGCAGCCUCACCACGAUUGAGAAGCGCUUUGGGCUCUCCAGUUCUUCCUCGGGUCUCAUUUCCAGCCUGAACGAGAUCAGCAAUGCUACCCUGAUCAUCUUUGUCAGCUACUUCGGCAGCCGGGUGAACCGCCCACGGAUGAUCGGCAUAGGGGGGCUCCUCCUGGCGGCAGGGGCCUUUGUCCUCACCCUCCCACACUUCCUGUCGGAGCCUUAUCAAUACGUCUCAACCACGGCUGGAAACAGCAGCCGCCUUCAGACCGACCUCUGUCAAAAGCAUUUGCCGGACCUGCCCCCCAGUAAGUGCCAUAGCACCGUGCCAGAUACCCAAAAGGAGACCAGCAGCAUGUGGGGACUGAUGGUGAUUGCUCAGCUGCUGGCCGGCAUCGGGACAGUGCCCAUUCAGCCAUUUGGGAUCUCCUACGUGGAUGACUUUGCAGAGCCCACCAACUCACCUCUGUAUAUCUCCAUCCUGUUUGCCAUCGCUGUGUUUGGACCGGCUUUUGGGUACCUGCUGGGCUCAGUCAUGCUGAGGAUCUUCGUGGACUUCGGCAGAGUGGACACUGCUACAGUGAACUUGAGCCCAGGAGACCCCCGAUGGAUCGGAGCCUGGUGGCUGGGCCUGCUCAUUUCUUCAGGCUUCUUAGUUAUUACUUCUCUGCCUUUUUUUUUCUUCCCUCAAGCAAUGCCCAGAGGAGCAGAGAGGUCUGGUGUGGCAGAUGAAACAAUGAAGAUGGAGGAAGAAGACAAGUCAAGAGGCUCCCUGUUGGAUUUCAUUAAACGGUUCCCCCGCAUCUUCCUGAGGCUGCUGAUGAACCCACUCUUCAUCCUGGUGGUCCUGACUCAGUGUACCUUCUCCUCUGUCAUCGCCGGCCUCUCUACAUUCCUCAACAAAUUCCUGGAGAAGCAGUAUGGGGCCUCAGCAGCCUAUGCCAACUUCCUCAUUGGUGCUGUAAACCUUCCUGCUGCGGCCUUGGGGAUGCUGUUUGGAGGAAUCCUCAUGAAACGGUUCGUUUUCUCUCUGCAAACCAUCCCCCGAGUGGCUGCCACCAUCAUGACCAUCUCCAUAAUCCUCUGCGCCCCUCUCUUCUUUAUGGGAUGCUCCACCCCAGCUGUGGCUGAGGUCUACCCCCCCAGCACAUCAAGUUCUAUACAUCCGCAGCCUCCCGCCUGCCGCAGGGAUUGCGUGUGCCCGGAUUCCGUCUUCCACCCAGUCUGCGGAGACAAUGGAGUCGAGUACCUCUCCCCUUGCCACGCAGGCUGCAGCAGCAUCAACAUGAGCUCAGCAGCUUCCAAGCAACCGAGCUAUUUGAACUGCAGCUGUGUGAUCGGAGGAUCUGCAUCAGCAAAGACAGGGUCGUGCCCUGUAUCCUGUGCUCACUUCCUGCUCGCGUCUACCUUCCUCAUCUCCUUCGUGGCGCUCAUCGCCUGCGUCUCCCACAACCCGCUCUACAUGAUGGUUCUUCGCGUGGUGAACCAGGAUGAAAAGUCAUUUGCCAUUGGGGUACAGUUCUUGUUGAUGCGCUUGCUGGCCUGGCUGCCAUCUCCAGCCCUGUAUGGUCUCAUCAUCGACUCCUCCUGUAUCCGGUGGAACUAUCUAUGCUCAGGGAGACGAGGGGCCUGUUCAUAUUAUGACAAUGACGCUCUCCGAAACAGGUACCUGGGCCUGCAGGUGGGCUACAAGGCCCUGGGCACACUGCUGCUCUUCUUCAUCAGCUGGAGAGUGAAGAAGAAUAGGGAAUACAGCCUGCAAGAGAACGCCUCGGGCCUCAUCUGACCGGCAGUCAGGGCUGUUGCCCUGUCUCAGAGACUGGAUCCCAUCCCUCCACACACCUGCCUCUAUUAGCUAAUGUUAACGUGCCCUCUCCUUUUCUUUGUCUUCCUUUCUUCCUCCCUCCCUCCCUCCCUCCUAAUCUUCCCUUUUUUUAUAGAAAGAUAGUCUCAUUCACCCUUUGUCUCACCUGCCUCCUCCUCCUAAAGUCUCCCCCAUGGUUAUUGAGGUGUACGGAGCUGGAUGAGCACUGAUCUGGAGGGUCCAGUUUCACAAACCCCUUGGAAGGGGUCCCCCACAUAGGCAGGCUCUCCUCAGCACCAGGUCCUCCAACAAGGUGCCCAUGAGGCAUCAUCCCCUGCUCUCACCAGCCUCUCAGGAAUACUUCAGAAGAGUGAGACUAGGGGCCGUGCCUUCCGUGGCAGGCAGCCCAGCUCUCCUCUGAUUCCACACCCUGUUGAGAGGCAGAGUGAGAGAAGGAGAAGGAGGUGGUUGAUUUCUUAACCAGGAGCUAGCUAUGGCUGCUUUUCAUCUGGAGUCAGCCUAGUGUGGAGCCCAGGAUGGGCUGGUUCCCUUUGUUUUCUCACUUUCUGCCCCCUAGGCUGAUUUGGAAGCCACCAUUUGGGGAAGUACAGACCUCUAUAACCUACACCCUGGUAUCAGAGCAGGAACUAAAGAGCCGGAGGCCAGGUCAUCCCCACACUGUUCCUAUGAACCUGAGGCCUCUCUACUCUCCUAGCAGCAUUAUGCUUCUCUCUGCCUUUCUGGGGUUGCAUUUCAAACUGAGAAAGCCACAAGAAGACCCAAGAGGGCCUAGUCUCCCACUGUCCCCGUGGAGACCAGACCCUUCCCAUUCAGACACAAGAGGCCCUCCCUACCGUUACCUGGCACCAGAAGAGCAGCUGCACAUGGACUUCACUGUCUGGACUUCAGCCCAUGUGCAGAAGAGUAAAGGGAGGCCAUCUGAGAUGCAGCAGAUCACCCGAGCAAGUGAUGGAGCCGAGCGGAUGUCACCUGUCACUGUGCUUGAUGGCAAGCUGCAGCCACAGAGAAAGCAGCCAGCUUGGCUUGCUUGCAAACACAUUGUAUUCAUUGGCAUUUUCUCAGCCUCUCACUGCCUCUGGGGUGGAGGUGGGCACCUUCUGUGGGCCUGGGCUGGGGCCCACCACUGCUAUGCCACAGAGGGGCAAAGGCAGAAGCCCAGGAAGGAAGGCUUUUUACCAGUGAUUCUGUUUAUUGGAGUCUGAGGUGGUGCUUGGCUGUAAUAUUACACGGUUCUCUGAGAGCACCCCUGUAAAUCUGACCUCCAUUCAGACUAGGGCCUCCUCCCAGAGAGCACUAGGUGGUCAGCAGGGACACACUCACAUGCUUGCCAAGCAUAUCAAGUACCCAAAGAUUGGCAGAGAAGAUCCUGACAUGACCACCCAUGCCAUUUAGGGCUCCACCUGACUGACUGUGCACCUGACCCUGCGUGAGAUGAAGAACCAGCUCACCAUGUCCCUGAAGCAGCUAGACAAUUGUCAUUGCCCUCUGUGACAUUUAAGUGCCUUCCAGAAAUGUCUUAUAUGUCAGUGUGGCCAAGCUGCUGACACUGAAGUCGUGGUGGAAGCCACUGUUACUGACAGCGCUCUUUCUGAAGCCACCCGGCUUAUUUCCACAGAUCUUACUUGGGAGGAGGCUCCACACAACCUCAUGGGCCAGUUUCAGCAUGUGCAAUGGUCCUGCUUGGAACAUGAUCCUCUGCAACUAACCCUGGGCUUACUCACUGCAGUUUAACCAAAUUGUGAAGGCAUGGCCUUCAGCCAACCUCACGAACAAUGAAUGCCAAUCUUCGGGUUCUGAAAGAUUGGUUGUCCCCACAAGCCUUUAUUCUAUUGUAUUGCUAUUAAUAUAUUAUAAUUUUGUUAUGAGUGUAA